GGAAAGUGCCUGAUCUGAACUAGUCUUGCUAACACUAGCUAUAGAGCUUUAAAGCCACAGCGACCCUUUUUAAAUCAAUGCAUCGCUGCUAGAUUCACAGGUUUUAAAACCCCGUUUGCGGAUAUUUUGACACCUCGCUGCAAAGGAAUAGACGAUACACUCGUGGAAUGCUGGAGUAUAAGACCGCAGAUAGUUUUACUAAACUUGCAGUAUAAAGGGACAACGCAACCUUCCAGGGAGACUGAUACGAUCUGGCUCGGAUUUCUUCAUACUUCGCAAAAUGUUUGAAACGGAAGGAAGAAGCAUGUCACGACUGUCGCUGACCCGGUCUCCAGUCUCUCCUCUGGCCGCUCAGGGAAUCCCUCUACCGGCUCAGCUGACAAAAUCAAAUGCUCCGGUUCACAUUGACGUUGGAGGGCACAUGUAUACCAGCAGCUUGGCGACUCUCACCAAAUACCCAGACUCAAGAAUCAGCCGUCUGUUCAACGGUACGGAGCCCAUCGUGUUGGACAGCUUGAAGCAGCACUACUUCAUCGAUCGGGAUGGAGAGAUAUUCCGUUACAUUCUCAGCUUCCUCCGGACCUGCAAACUGCUCCUUCCUGAUGACUUCAAGGACUUCCACCUGCUCUACGAGGAGGCGCGGUACUACCAGCUGACGCCCAUGAUCAAGGAGCUGGAGCGCUGGAAGCAGGAGAAGGAGCAGCGGAAGCUGGCGCAGCCCUGCGACUGCCUGGUGGUGCGGGUCACGCCCGACCUGGGCGAGAGGAUCGCCCUGAGCGGGGAGAAGGUGCUGAUCGAGGAGAUCUUCCCGGAGACCGGGGACGUCAUGUGCAACUCGGUCAACGCCGGCUGGAACCAGGACCCCACGCAUGUCAUCCGCUUCCCCCUCAACGGCUACUGCAGGCUCAACUCCGUGCAGGUCCUGGAGCGGCUCUUCCUGAAAGGCUUCAGCGUGGCGGCGUCGUGCGGUGGCGGCGUGGACUCCUCCCAGUUCAGCGAGUACGUCCUGUGUCGCGAGGACCGACGGUGUCAGCCCAUCAACACCUCUAUCAGGAUAAAGCAGGAGCCCCUGGACUAGAGCAUGCUGGGAGAGAGACUGUCACUGAGAUGGACACUCGUACAGAACAACAUCCCACCACCCCCCCCACCCUCCCCCCCCCCAACAAAAAAAACAAACAAACAGACCAACAAACAACAAAGUAUUAGCAGUCCAGUCCAGUUCAUGUGGAACGCAGUGGUCCAAUGGGAAUGUAAUUUUCAGCAAGUCCAGGGGAAAAAAAGUGUAAAAAAGAGAAAAUGCUUUGAUUCUGUCAAGAAUACCCAAAGAAGUCUAAACAAAAGGACUGUGAAGAAAAAAAAAACCUGAACCAUUUCAACCUUUAGAGAAGCUCUGGUCCUCCUUUUUUGUUUUGUGGAGCUGUGAGCCCGUGUGACGGGACGGCCUGUGCAGAGGAGGCAGAGGGCCGGCCGUCCUGUCACUUUCGCGCACCCUGGCGUGUCGUCUGGUCCCGUCUCUGUGUAAACCCCGUGUGUGUUGUGUGUGACGACGCGGCUGAAUGUGGACAGCGCUUGUGUGCAGAGACCCUCGGCCUUCCUCCUGCAGUAGCACCUGGUGCGGAGCGGCUCUGGAGAGGAACCCUAACCCGGCUAACAGGUCACAGAAACACCCCCAACAUAAUACAGUGCCAGCCUGGUUCAUUUCCACGCUGAGAGAAUGAGCUUCGUGUCACAUGAUCACCUUCAGCUUCUCUCUUUGCGCUGAAUGCCAAAUCCAGUUUUAUUCUUUUGGUGUGUGUGUGUGUGUGCAUGUAUGUACACAGACGUCACACAAAUGUAUGUAUAUAUGUGUGUGUGCAGUACACGCACACACCCACACACACAUUAAGUGUUUUAAUCUUUUUGCUCUAUUUUGCAGCUAUGAUUUUUUUAUGAUUUAUAGUUUUAUUUUUAUUUUCCAUAUGAAGGAUUUGUGAAACUUGUUUUCAAAAGUCAUUUGGUUUGAAAGCGUAAGUAGGAGCCACUUGGCACUGGCUGUACAAACACUAUUAUGUCUCGAGGCUACAUGGCUAAAGCAGUGUAGCUGCUAAUGCAUUCAGAACCAGAGAAGGCCUCAUUGUUAUAACAGGGCUGCAGGGAAACCUGGGUAUUUGCAAGAGCUUUUCUGAUCAUAUUUCUAAAUCUUCCUCCCAAGAAUAUGUAGCUAAUACACACACGAAGAGCACACACAGUUUCUCUUCAGGACUAGCAUGUUCUCAUUAUUAGCCUUAAAACAUAUCCCUCGUGCUACUUUGACAAGCACACGCAAGACAGAAAUGAAUAAUGACUCAUAUUAUUAAAACAGGCUGAAUAAAUGUCAUUUUUGAGACCACAAACUUGAACAUCGUUUAUGUAAAUUAAGUGGUAAUGAUUCAAAUUUCAAUGUCAAAUUCUACAGUGUAGAAUUGUACACGAGGGCCUUACUGCAUUGGCCAGCCUAUGGCAGAACAAAGCCCUGGUAUCCCUAGCAUGUUGGGGUCUGGUUCAUGACCUGGGAGCCAACAUCAAAAGCUGCAGUAAGGGGAUCCCUGUGUGAUCUCUGUGUUCGAUUUCUUUCUUUUGCACUUAAAAUGCCUCCACUCCCAUCCCAUCGUUGGGACAAGGAGUCGCUCUUGGAGUGAUCAUUGGCAUCUGUCACUGAGACGGAGCCUUGGGCCAUUCAUUCGCUGCCCCAGCCCCAAGGCAGUCAAGUCUGAAGCAGCCCAUUGUACUUCAGCUCAGUGGACUUCCCAGGCCAAGGGUUCUCUUGGGAAAGCUGGGCAAAUAAGCAGUUAGUUUCCGUAGGCUGCCACUGGACAUCGCCCAUCUGGGGCUAAGGUCACCUUCCCAGAAUCAUCUCAACAGAUACCAGCUGGUGACCAGAAGAAGACCAGAACCAGUUUAGUACUGUUUCCCUUAUUGCUUUAGAUCCUAACCCUGCGUUCACACAGCAAAAAACUUGGUUGAUGGAUUGCUCAAGUGUACUUGAGGGCGGGGUAAGAGCUUCCCGUUGUGUCCUCUAAAAGUCAGCUUGCAGCUACAAAUUUUUUGAUGAAGUGAAAAAACGGCAAUGCACAAUAUAACAAAGAUGUACAUUUACCUUCUAUUAUUCACGUUUCUAUAGUUAUGGGCUACCAUAGCUUAACCUAGCAUUUAUCUAGCUUGUGUGAUUUUCAUAUCAAUAUUUUAUUCACACAGUAAAAUAACUGAAAUACCUUACCGUCCAUACCAACAGCAGUCGCAACUGCUGUCCAAGCAUCAUAUUCUACGCGCUUGUCCCAGUACUUUUUAAAAAACUUUUUACAAUACUGGGGUUUGAUUGUACCAUAACUAUGAGCUGUUCCUCCGUUUUUUUAGACUGGGCGGAACAAUAAUUCACAAAAUGGCUGGAGAAAUAGGAAGCCCGAAACUCUGAUUGGCUGUUGACAGGCAUUGCCCAUGAAAAGAUAAACCAUACAAUUUUUUGUCAACAUUGUUUGGGCAACUUUUGUCAGUUGCCCAGUUGCUUGGGUCGCUGGCCGUCGCUCAGCUUCACUGAGGAGAAAUGGCGGAGGAGAGACUUCUGGCAACUGGUCGAAGGAAUCUUUCGCUGUGUGAACGGGGGGUAAGGCACAUGGAGCUACAGAUACUGGGAUGAUCCUAAUAUACCAGCUUUGUGAAACCUUUGGGAUUCUGAUUGUAUGUAGUUUUACCGUAUGUAAUAGCUCUCAGUCAGAAGAGGGACAUUAUGAGAGCUACGGUAUAAGUGUAAUAUUAGGUGGUGUGAAACACACAACUUAGUUACAGGUUUGAACAGUACAGUCAGUUACUUGGGGGUAAAUUGGUUCACUGGUUUAUGUUUCUGGUUUAGUUACAGAUGAAAGGGAUAAACAAAAAAAGGCCAAGUUACUCUAACUUUGUCUAUGUGUAACUUAUAGAUGCUGUUAUUUUUUUCUUGCCAAAAGAUUGAUCAAAAAGAAGUCCAUUUUGAUCUCGGAGGGCAAAGCCAGUUAAUCUGACUCUGAAAUUUUCCCUCCUGGGGAUUUAAUAAUUAUUUUCAAUCAUGAAAAGGAGUAAAAAUGGGAGGCAAAAGUAACCUUCACUCGGUUGAAAAGUAUCUUUGGUCUGUUUGUUCGCUGAUUAAAUAGCCACGCAAGCAUCCUCGAAGGCAGGGUCAGAGUAGCCCCCAGCCAGGCUCUGAUCUAGUGGGGGAUCCCGGGUUAAGCUCUUUGUUCUGGCCUGCUUCUGGACAUCACGGGGCUGGGUCCCAGCAUCCAGUCACCACAAAGUGAAUUACCAAACACUUCUUUCAUGUGCUGGGAGAGGCGGGGGCUACGGACCCAGCCUGGCUCCCUGCACAUCCCUCCACAGUCUAGCAGUGCCAGUGGAGAAGCAGGCCCCUGCUUUCUCUGCAUCACUACGGUGGCUUUCCAGUGCAGCCAAUCACAUUCUGAGCACAUGACAUGUGAUAGGUUUGGAAACCUUCUCAGAGCAAGGUGAAUGAACCUGUAACUUUCAUUGUGAAAUCACCCCAUAAAUAGCUCGAACUCACUACGAGUCACUACUACCAAUCGUUCUCAGCUAAUGAGAGUGCUCACAGUAUUUAUUCCGUUUCAUGAAGGUGUGCGAUUUCACUCCUCUCUAUGGAAGAAACAGGGCAGAAACAGGCUCCAACAUUGCAUACGUACUCAGAAACAAAGGAAACUGUACAUUCACAGGCUGCUUGUAAAAUCCUGCACCAAGAAACAAUGUGUAGAGCUGUAUAUUAUGCGUUGUUGUUAAGAAAGAUGUCCGACCAUGGAAAGAACUGUCAUGUUUGUCUGUAACGCAAUGAUACUUGCACCCAACGAUUUUCUGCUCACUCCAAUUGAAUGCAUAACCCAGGAGGCAAGCGGUCUCUCUGUAUGCUAGUCUAAAGAUGACUCAUCUUGUAUAAUUAUUUGUAUAUUGAAUUGUAUUUGGACUCCUGGUUUGAGUGUCUGUUUUGUUAAAAAAAAAAAAAGAGAGAAAAUAA